GGAUCCCAUCACAGAGGAGUGAAAGGCAAUGAAGAACUUGGGAAAAUGACAUCUUUCUGUUUAGUUUAAGGAAGGCUCUCUUUUAGUUUAAGGAAGGAAGACUAGGUAAGUACAUCCUAAAGCACACUUUUAUAAAUUCUUGACAGCAGAAAGCUUGAUGUAUAUUGUCAACUCAACUUUGCAGUGUUACCCAAAAAGGCCUUUGUUUUAUGUUUUGUAUUUCUUACUGAAACUUUCAUUUUACAGUCACUCUCAGACUAUUUGUUUGCUAGCCCAUGUGAUCAUCAAAGCAGAAAGCACAUUUUAUUUUUUUAGCAUAUAUAAAUGAAGUAAUGUUCUCAUGUGUCAUAAAGCCAAAUAAGAAUGCUGUGGUAACAUGAGUUGUGCUAAUAUAACUGCUUUAAGGGGGUAGGGUUAUACCAAUGAUUCUUGUUGACUUGUGAGAAACUUAAACAUGUUAUUUAUUAACUUCCAGGAGUUUAUUUAUUGGCUCUCAGUGUCACACAAUACAGUAAAAUAUAGGAAAACAUUUCCAAUCCCAAUGCCUGGUGUUUUUGAUUUCCAUCCAUCAAACUGGUAUUCUUAAUGCAAAGGUUGACUCUGAUAUUUUCCUGUUGAAAUGGGUAAUGAAAACAGCAGCCAAGAAAGUCAGGAGGGCCCUUCAGUUCCAAAAUCAACAGAGCCACUUAAUACUGAGAGAGAAAUAAAAACUAAAAAGUCAAGGAAAAAGAGCAGAGAUAAAUCAUUCAAUCAAGAUGACUUGGACACAUUACCAUCAGAUUCUGCAGUUUCAUUACCACUGCCAGAUGAUAGUUUCUCAUUAACUGCAGAAGAUACAAGUGGAAAUUGGCCUCGAGUGUUUAACUUGGAAGAAAGGGAGUCCCAUCAAUCCCUAAUCCCAAAUAAUCUAUUUGCUGGAAUUGAUAUAAAUGAAGAGUUAAAGACCCAGAAUCCUCUCCUGAGCAGCCUAAACAAUGAAAGCCUCUAUAGUAUCACUGCUGAAGAAUCAACCAAUGAAAACGCUGCUGUGGCACAUCCAGAUGUGAUGGAGAACAACCUGCAUGAGGGAGAUUCCUUGGGAGCCACGGAAGAAGGAGGACAAGAUCAAAGGCAACAUAUGCCAACACUUUCUGAGCAUGGUGAAGAAUGCACUGCACUAAGUUUUGAAAGUAGUAUUGAAGGCUUGCCAGCCAUGAGGUCAAACCCUUCUAUUGUGAAUGAUAAAGACACCAGAAUUGUACCUCUUGUUAGUGAAAAAACAGAUGCUGAGCGUUAUGCAACUACUUUUGCAAGAGAGUCUGAGAAAGAUCCAAAUAAUACUGCUUUGGAGCAUAUUCCUUCGUUAGAUUCUACUUGGACAUCAGAACCUGAAACCGAGGAAAGCAAUUCCAGGGAAUUAGACUCAUUGCAACACAGUGAACCGUUGAUUGAAGGAGACAAGACACACGUUGUUCAGCUGCCUAAGAGUGAGAAAGGCAGAGAUUCUUAUACCGCUAAAGAAAUCAGACAGGAGAAUAAAUUAAAAGUGAGUAACAAGGAAGAGGCUUUAAUAAAACCAGUGGGACUGAACACAGGUAGUGUAGGCAACCUGGUAAUGAAAAAAGAAAACUGUAUUCCAAAUAAUCUAAUAAAGGAAAAUUCGGACAUGAAUAAAUAUGGAACAUCUGUUAUUGAUCAGAGCCUUGUUGAGUUCCGAGGUGUCAUCAGUGAAGACAGCAACAGUGAAGUGAAUAUUUGGAACAAUCAAUUCCAAAUAUUUCCAGAAAAGAGUACUAAGGUGCUUGAGGAUCCUCCUAUUGUAUCCACCUUAUCCUCAAACACAGCAAACCUGUUACCACUAACCAAGACAGAACUAACCGGUGACUUUUCAUCUGAAAAAGAAUGGCUAGAAGAAGCUAUAAAUCCAGAACCAAACACCUAUUGUGUGGAUUUACCAGUUAGCAUAGAACCUUCUGAUACAUCCUUGUUGCCGGAAAAUAAAAACAAAGUGCAAAAAGCAAAUACAUCUCAGAACACAGCAGACCAGAUGAGCAGCAAUGAAAUCACACAAACUGAAUCUAUGAGCAGGGUAAAUACAGCCUUAGCUGAUCCAGAAAAUGUUAUGUGUACGGUGAAGGAAGAAUCUGUUGGGGAUAAGCUAUUGUUACUUGACAGCAGAACAAGACAUUUCAUGAGUGUGAGUGACCUUGCUGAGUAUAAUAAAGAAGAAACUAUAAUAGCUGAAAAAUAUGAACAUAUGUCUUCCAGAAAUGAAGAAGAUGGAUGUCAAGAGGUGCCAUUCUCAAGGCAGGUUAUACAUGAAGAUAUAAACUGUCCCCAAGAGACGCCACUAACUUUUGAAAUGAAUUCAAGUCCAGAUGCUAUCUGGUAUGAUCAUUGGAAUUCUCAAGUAAGUGGCUUAGAAACCAACAUCAGUAGCAAAUUUCUAGAAAGCAACCUCAGUUCAGAAUGUAAUUUGAAUAUACUCAAAGAUCAUUCACCAGAAUUAAGCGAGAACUUGGAGCAAAAAACCACAGCCAUAAAUGAAAAAAAAGUGCCCAAUCCUGAGUCAUCUGAACGAUUACUUUUGCAAGGAAAAGACAGCUUGAAGACUUGUGAUCUUUUAAAUCCCAGCGUAGAAGAUAUUCAGCUCUGCUUUCCAGUCAAUAAAGAGAUAGAGGAUGCUGAUGGUUCACCGUCUCUGCCUCCUGAAGACAAUGAUGUUCUGCAAAAUAAAAAAGAGGAAUCCUGGGAACAGCCAUUUGUUCAAAACGCCAAACCGGGAUUGGAAGAUGAGUUGAUGGAUGAAAUAAAUUCAGAGACUAAUGCCUCAAAUGCAGAAAUAAUUGCAGUGUCUAAAAUGGAACUUGAGUUCCACAACUUAAAUGAACAGGCUAGAAGUGCUGAAUGCGUUGCAACUGAGAAAAUAAACAUACCAGAGCAUGAAUCCCACUCUGAAAGUAAAAGAGGUGCCUCAACAGCUGGCAGUGACCCAAACUCUGUACCUGUGACUACUGCUGAACAAGGCAGUGCUGUGGGGAAGAAUGACAGUAAUGAAGCAAGGCAGGAGAAAUGCAAAACAGAGACAAAAAGAAAAGAAACUGACACAACUUUGGCACAAGAAACCCAUAUCAAAUUGGACUUCACACAGCAAGUGCAGCUGGUACAAGCAACUGAAGAAAAUGACCCUAGUAUAAAACAUGAUUAUUCUGGCAACCCUUUAGUAUCAACAGUUGGAACAGAAACCAGUCCCCAGUCAUUAAAGCUUGGAGACUUAGGCGAUAAUAGCAUAAAGGCAAACAAUUCACCAUUCAUGAGCACUAAUUGCAAAGAAUUUUUGGAAACUCAUUCUAAAGACACUGUGGAAAAUCAACCAAUGCUGGGCAUUUUAAUAACAUCUCCCAAAGUGCAGUCAAACAAAAGCUCAAAGCCCUUUGGCACUGAAGGCGAACAGUGUGUUUCAAACCCAGAAGCUAAAGAUCUGGAUCGCAAUGGUUUUCAAACAGUUGCAAGUUUCCAGGGACAGAUCUCUGACCAGACAUCUCCUGAAAGGGUACACCCAUUGGAAUCAAAUCUUUUCAGUGGCCAUGGGGAGCUUGAUAAAAGUGAACUACAACAAACUGGAGACAAUCUACACAAGCUCCAAACAGUACUUGGUGGGCCAGAGACAAAACCAACGAAUCUAUCAAAUGAUGAUGCAUCUUUAACACAUAUUUCUGAAUUUGUGGGAAAGGCCUCACGAAACAACAACCUGCCAAAUGUAAUAAACCUACUGGGGGAAGAAAGUUGUCUUAGCAAAGAAGCCUUAAACAACUUAAAGCAAGAUGUUUCUAAUUCUCCAUUUUCAGAUGGGGUUUGUGAAGGAGCAAGGCAGAGUGGGGCAUUUGCUGAAAACUCUAUUAUAAUUAAACAGUUGGGUGGCUUAGAUGAACUUUCAAACAGCAAAUGCACAAGCAAUAUGGACGUUACAGAGUUUAUUCCAGUGACGCAGAAAACUGCUAGUGUCAGGACUGAACAGGCACACACCGUGCAGGGGAAUUUAACCUGUGUAGGUGAACAUUCUAAGGACAAUGGGACUGAUGUUAAUUUACCAAACAAAGAAGCAGACUUGGAUGGACAAAGUUUACAUACAGAGGUAGAACGCCUGAGUUUAGUAAAUGAAACUAUUUGGAACGAAGAGCAAGUAACUUGCAAACGGGACGUAACUUUCCUGCCUUCUGAAAACAGAGGAAUGAAUGGACAUGCUCCCGAAUUACCUAAUAGCCCAGAAAUUCCUUUGAGUGAUGCUUGGCAUAAAACAUGUCCUGUUGAAAAGACUGACAUUCUAUCUGUUAGCUCUCAAGCAGAAGCAACACCUCUUUCAACAUUGGCAUUUCUACAUGAUGGGCCCGGCCAAGUAAAUUACCAACCUACAGAUUUUAUGCAUCAUAGCCCUAAAGGUGAAUUUCAAAAAAGUGAGCCGGAAACUGUGGCAUGUCAAGAUAUCUUUGACACAACUCCCAGGCUGCAGACUCCGCCUGCUACAGCCAUCAACUUAAAUGAUGUUUUUGUAGAGAACAGCACAACCCAUCAAAGGAAACUAGGAGUAAUGAAUUUAGAUGAUAUUCCUUCAGAAGCUGUCCCAGGAAAAGAAUCUUACAUGCCAGGCCAAGAGCUCCUUUCAGAAGAGCAUGUUCUAACCUUGCAAGAUGUUUCUGAGAUCAAGCAAUCGGAAAGAAAUUUGUCACCCUUUAAUUUCAAGAAGCUGCAGGAUGAGAUCUCGGCAAUUAAGCUAAAAGGGGAUAAAAGUGAUGCACAUUUCAAAGCCCAGCAGCUUAACAGUUCAACAGAAUCUCCACUCAGCCAUUCAAGUUUAGAAAGGAAGCUUUUGGAACUUUCAACGCUUGAUAAGCAAGCAAAUUGUAAGGAGGAUGCUGCAACAAAUAUAAGUUGUGAAGAUAACAAGCAUGGUAAGAUUGAAGAAGAAAGCAAAGGUGAUUUGAUAGAGAAAUUCAACCUUCCCAAGAUGGAAGGAAAUGUUCCCAGGCAGCCUACAGCAAUAUCUGAAAAAGAACCAGAAAUUUCAUCUUCUAGGGCAUUCGGCAUUGGCUUUUUCGAUUUCAGGAAACAUAUUAGCAAAAUAUUUGAACAGGUAGUACCAAAUGUCAUGCCUGCCAACUUGCCUAACCUUGCCACUGAACAGAGUCCAAGUGAGAAGGUUAGUCCAGAGGAUAAAGAAACAAAGGUUAAGCAAGGUCUGGAAGAAGUUGAAAAAAGCAGUGCAGAUGGAGAUCAAGAGAAUGACUGGAAAACAAACAAAAGCACAUUUCCUUUGGAGACUGAAGUCUGUAACAAAGCCACUGAAGAGAAAAUAGCACAGGAACAAGAACAGACAGGAAUGCUGGCAAAUAGUCAGGAAUAUGAUUUGCCAAGUGCCUUUUCAGAAAAGAGUCCUAUCGACAAGUAUUGCUUAAACAAAAACUCUCCUGCAACUUUCCCCAAGUUAGUUAAGGUGGAUGGCUUAUGCAGUCAUGAAAUAAAUGCAGAGGUUAAUGAUCACAUUUGCUUUUUAAGCAGUGAUACUUCAGAGAACCAAGUUUGCACAGAAAAAGUAGAGUUUCCAUCUAGAAGUUCUGGAAACCAAGAAAUGGACAAUCUUCCAUCUUCUAAAAAUGAAGAGUCUUUAAUAAUUCCUGCCUCUACAGAAGUUGUUCCAGAUUUUGAUGCCACAGCCACUGCUGCUGAAGUAAAGGAAGAUAACUUAAUUGGUCCGUGUAACUUUGAAACAGAUGAACCUAAAGAACAGUUAAUGUAUGAUAGAAAUAAAAACACAGACAAGAGAAAUGAUGGCAAUACAGAUCGAGCCAAGAAUUUAACAUUGCCAUUUCCUACAGGUGAUUUGGAGGGUCAUAAAGAACAAACAGAUCAGCCCAGGAUAUUGGUUGGUGAAAAUCCUAAUUUUUCCAAUGAAUAUACAUUACAGAACAAAGCUAUUACCAUGCUGGAUGACAUAGAAAGCAAUAACUGGCUGCAAAAAUCCAUAGAGGAAGAGAAGAGACAGGACACAGCAGAACAUAAGCUAAUUACUUAUUUUAAAAAUGAAGUAAGUCUUGAUCACUCACCAGAUGAGUCCAAAUUGGGAUCCAACAGUGUUCAAGAUAGUUCAAGUGUAGAAAAAGCAAAUGACAUCAAUUUGAGCACACCAGAAGGACCAGGUUUUUCUACUGAUAUUCCUAAAGCAGAUACUACAAGCAUGCUAAUUACCAAUUGUGAAGCAGUUUUGCAAGCCGGCAUAGACAUUCAAAGGCCUGAUGUAAAAAGGCAUUCAGAAACCCUUCAAGGGAUGGAAAAAACUGUAUGUAGAGAUGUGCAAAUGGCUUCUUUAAAUCAAGCCAAAGAAGAACCUGAAAGUUUUCAGGAUAUCCAGGAAAUAAUAUCAACUACUUCAGAUUCUGAAUUGGAGCAAAGCUUUCCUUGUUUGCUUGAAAACAUGGCAAUGGAAGAAUUACCCCCAGAAAGUUCUUCUGUUCCUGAUGUUUCUGUUAAUUUGGAGCCUGAUGUGGAUUCUUUCAAAAAAUCACUGACCACAGUCCUCUGUGAUGCUACUCGUGAUGUUACUUUGCUGACCACAACAAGUACUUCCCAGCUUUGUGAUAGCCAGCGGACUGAUAGCACAAUUGCAUCUCUUCUUGACUUAGGAACAUUGGUUCCUGAAUUCUCUACUGAGAUAAAGCAGUCUGACCAAGAGACAGGAAAACCCAUAUCUGAAACCAAGAGGAGUUCAGACUCUGAAGAAGCAUUUGAAACACCAGAAUCCACAACUCCUGUAAAGGCUGCACCUUCGCUACCGCAACUACCACCUGAAAUUGUAGCAUUCGACAUAGAGGAACAAGAAAUAGCACCUCAGCUUCCAUCAGAAAUCCCAGAUUACGAUCCCAGAACACCUGACAAAGGCCAAGAAAGCUCCGAGCCUCCAAGUUUUUCUUCUGAAACAGUAACAGUAGCUGAUGUCCCUGAAUGUGAACCAGUUGAAGAAUCUCCAUUGCCCCCACCGUCCCACUCAUUUUCUACAGUUUUUGAUGAAGACAAGCCAAUUGCUAGCAGUGGAACUUACAACCUAGACUUUGAUAGCAUUGAAGUUGUAGAUUCCUUACAAGCUGUGGAUCCAAUCUCCCUGGACACAAAGAGUCGGGAUUCUAAGUCACAUGUUAGAAGAAAAUCCACAGAUUCUGUUCCAGUUUCUCGAUCUACACUAUCUCGUUCCCUUAGCUUGCAAGCUGGAGAAUUUGAUGGAGCCUCUUUUCCUGGGAGUAACGAGACAGCAGGUUCUGCAACAGAUACUUUUAGUACUGGUUCAAGCAGUGCUUCUAGUACUCUUAAGCGCACAAAAAAACCUAGGCCAGCUUCCUUAAAGAAAAAGCAAGUAGCAAAAAAGUCCUUAGAUGUUUCUCCAGUAGAAGAACCAGGAAUAUUAGACUUCAAGCAAGAUUCUUCUGCCUUAAGUGAUGAAAAAGUUUCCAAAGAAACUUUGGAGCCCACUGAACCCAACUGUACCAACCAACAGCACCAAAGCACUGUCAAUAAAGACGAGGCCACUCCUGAACUAGAGACAUUGAGUCCAUUUGACAACAACUCAGAAGAAAUUCCUGUAUCAGGAGAUAGCAAAGUACAAAACUCUCCGCUUGCCAACAAGAAAACUGUAUCUCUUACCACAACACCAGAAGCUGUGGAGGUGACACCAUCAGACACUGGGGGACAAGAAGAUCCCUCAGUGAAAGGCUUAGCAGUCAGGUUGGAAUUUGAUUACUCUGAGGAAAAAGGCAGUGGUGAGGAAAAGACAGAGAGUCCUCUUCUGCCCAAAAAAGUGGGCAAAAAACCUGGGGCCAAAAUGCCCCUCAGAAGGCCAAAGACUAAAAAAAUUGGAGAGAAACUUGACAAUACUCCCACAAGCCCAACCAAGACUCCUUCUGAACCCAGUGAGAUUCCUGCCUCCAAGGGCUCAUAUACUUUUGAUAUUGACAAAUGGGAUGACCCCAACUUCAAUCCUUUCUCUUCUACUUGCAAAAUGCAAGACUCUCCAAAACUUCCUCAGCAAACCACCACAACGUACAAUUUUGAUCCAGAAAUGUCUGAGGAUUCUCUCGAUCCAUUCAAGUCUUCCCCCAAAGUUGCCAAUUCUCCCACACAACCUCCAGCAUCCUUUGAGAUUUCAGCUAAUGUCAGCGAAAUUAAUGGAUCGGAAGGAGAUGGCCUAAAUAAACCUGCAAAAAAGAAGAAGACGCCACUCAAGACUGAUACUUUUAGGGUGAAAAAGUCACCAAAAAGAUCUCCACUAUCUGAUGCACCUUCACAGGAAUCUAUGGCACUGCCUACUACUGAAACGCCCUCUGUUGUAUCCACUGUGGUACAUGCAACAGAUGAGGAAAAACUGGCAUCUUCUGUGGGUAAUCAGAAAUGGACUUGUAUGACCAUGGAUCUUGAUAAGCAGGAUUAUCCUCAGCCAUCAGAUCUCUCAACAUUUGUAAAUGAAACAAAGUUCAGCUCCCCUACAGAAGAGCUGGAAUAUGGAAACACAUAUGAAAUAGAAUACAUGGAAAAAAUCGGUUCUUCCAUAGCUGAUGAUGAUGGCCAAACAAAGCAAUCUUUGUACCUUAUGUUCAAUGCUCAGCAAGAGAGUCCAAUCAAGUCUCCUCCAGCUCGUUUAUCAGAUUCUACAACUCCUUGUUCUGGGUCAAGUCUGGAAGAAACAGAAAGCCAGCUUCCCUGUAAUAUAAAACUACAACACCCAGCUUCACGAUCCCUGGUAGCUAACCAAGAAUCAUCAGUACAGUCCUCUGAUAAAACAAAAGAACUGGAAUCUGUGUCUAUAGGAAGUGCUUCAGACAACAUAAUCAGUCCUGAAGAUACCUAUGUUUCCGCUGAUGCUCUCCUUAGUAGAAUAUCUCAUCCGUCUUCAGUAUGUGAUCAGCUUCAGUAUCUGGAGCCUGACUUAGCGGAAAAGAAUCCCCCGGUAUUUGCUCAGAAACUUCAGGAGGAAUUAGAAUUUGCUGCAAUGAGGAUAGAAGCCCUGAAGCUAGCCAAACAAAUUACCUUGUCUUCUUUCAACUCCUUAGAUACUGAGAGAGACCCUGCAGGUGAUGCUUCAAUCUCUAAAAGUGCAUUGUACUCCCGGAUAAGCAGCUCAGAGGGGGAAAAUGUCUCCAGUUUGCUUUAUAAACAGCAAGACCUGGAUACUGCCUUAAGAGUUACCAGGGAAGAGAUAAUUGCAAAGGAAAGGAUGAUUUCAGAAUGGAAAGAGAAAUAUGAAGAAAGUAGAAGGGAAGUUAUGGAAAUGAGGAAAAUUGUUUCAGAGUAUGAGAAGACAAUUGCUCAAAUGAUAGAGGAUGAGCAGAGAGAAAAAUCCAUGUCCCAUCACACCGUCCAGCAACUUAUUAUAGAAAAAGAGCAAGCAUUAGCUGAUCUGAACUCUGUGGAAAAAUCUCUGGCAGAUCUUUUCAGAAGAUACGAAAAAAUGAAAGAAGUUCUUGAAGGAUUUAGGAAGAAUGAAGAAGUAUUAAAGAAAUGCGCACAGGAAUAUUUAUCACGAGUUAAAAAAGAAGAGCAGAGAUAUCAAGCCCUCAAGGUUCAUGCAGAGGAAAAACUGGACAGAGCCAAUGCUGAAAUUGCACAAGUUCGGGGAAAGGCUCAGCAAGAACAAGCAGCUUACCAAGCCAGCCUUCGUAAAGAGCAGUUAAAAGUGGAUGCGUUGGAAAGAACACUGGAACAAAAGAAUAAAGAAAUAGAAGAGUUGACGAAGAUUUGUGAUGAACUGAUUGCCAAAAUGGGGAAAAGCUAACUUUAAACCAAAACCCUAAAUUACAAUCUUGAGUGCAAUAUGACCAUUGGCACAGUGAUAUCCAGACAGCGAUGUGAACGGAUUCUAUUUUCACUUUUUGUAUGCACUACUGUAUUUUUUCUUAAUAAUGUUGAUUUGACUGUAUGCAGUACAAAGACUAUCAGAAAUCCUUGCUAUUGUCUGCAAUUCUUUCCUUUGUAUAAUUCAUAGCAAGUUGAUCUCAAAAGUUCCUGUAUCAGGGAGAUUUGUCAAGUUCUUUAAUAAAUUACAGUUGCUCAUCCUCGCCUUCCCUUUGUACAUGAGUUCCCAUGUUGGAUGUCUUUUUUGAAUUUAAUAUAAAUGUGUAUUACAUGCAUGGGGACUCUUGCCUUAAGGAGUGUAAAUUUGAUCUGCAUUUUCUGAUUUGUAAAAUAAAAUGGAAACUUGAAAAAUUAAA